AUGUGCACAAUCAAGGACAGCCAAUGGAUAUUCAUAUUGAGAUUAGCAUUACAGCAGAGGCUAGCUACCAAAGACAGGCUGAUACGAUGGGGGAUAGAUGUGGAUCAAACACGCUUGCUAUGCAAUAAGGAGAAUGAGACAAUGCAACAUAUAUUCUUCAAAUGUGAGAUUACAGGAAAGGUAUGGAAUGGUCUACUGAGAUUGCAAGGAAUCCAAAGAUCACACAAAAACUGGCAGGAUGAGAUUACAUGGAUGGAGAAGAUGGCAAAGGGCAAGAGUGCAAGAGCAGCUAUCUGCAGAAUAACAUUAGCAGUUGCAAUAUACCACUGCUGGCAGGAGAGGAACUUCGUGACCUUUCAGAAGAAGAGAAGGACAACAACUGCCUUAACCAAGGUUAUUAUACAAGAAGUUCACGUAAGGGCAGCUAGGUUCCCUUACCUAGAUAAGGUGAUAACUACUUUGAACUGGUAUCCGGAAACUAGUUAA